GUUAUCAUCUCAAAAUAACCUAUCAAAGCUGGUAAUCAGCAAAUCAUCGUUCAAUGUCUUGAGAAUCAUUCAACAAGGACAUAACGGAAUAGAGACAGGGAGAACCCGAAUGCGUUAUAACAUACCAGAUGUUGAUGUUUCGACAAAAUAG